AAGAAGUAUAUUAGUGCUAAUUUCUCUCUAUUCGUCCUACCUUUUCUCUUCUUUCAACCCCUCAAGCCUUCGGCACAAUGAAGUGGGUUACCUUUAUUUCCCUUCUCUUUCUCUUCAGCUCUGCUUAUUCGAAGGGUGUGUUUCGACGAGAAGCACACAAGAGUGAGAUUGCUCAUCGAUAUAAAGAUUUGGGAGGAGAUUCUCUCAAAGGCCUGGCAUUGAUUGCCUUUUCUCAGUAUCUCCAGAAGUGCCCGUUUGAAGAGCAUGUAAAAUUAGCGAAUGAACUAGCUGAGUUUGCAAAAACCUGUGUUGCUGAUGAGUCUGCUGAAAACUGUGAUAAGUCACUUCAUACUCUUUUUGGAGAAAAAUUGUGCGGAGUGGCAACUCUUCGUGAAACCUAUGGUGAGAUGGCUGACUGCUGUAAAAAACAAGAGCCUGAGAGAAACAAAUGCUUCCAGGAACACAAAGAUGAUAACCCAGACUUACCUCCACUGGUGACACCAGAGCCAGAUGUUAUGUGUGCUGCCUUUCAUGAAGGUGAAGAAAAAUUUCUGGAAAAAUACUUAUAUGAAAUUGCCAGAAGACAUCCUUACUUUUAUGCGCCAGAACUCCUUUACUAUGCUCAGGAAUAUAAACAAGUCUUUACAGAAUGCUGCCAAGCUGCUGACAAAGCCGCCUGCCUGACACCAAAGAUUGAUGUUUUGAGGGAAAAAGUACUGGAUUCAUCUGUCAGACAGAGACUCAAGUGUGCCAGUAUCGAAAAAUUUGGAGAACGAGCUUUGAAAGCAUGGUCAGUAGCUCUUCUGAGCCAGAAAUUUCCCAAGGCUGACUUUGCAGAAAUUUCCAAGAUAGUGACAGAUCUUACUAAAAUCCACACAGAAUGCUGUCAUGGUGACCUGCUUGAAUGUGCAGAUGACAGGGCAGAUCUUAGCAAGUACAUAUGUGAAAAUCAAGAUUCAAUCUCCACUAAACUGAAGGAGUGCUGUACUAAACCUUUGUUGGAAAAGUCCCACUGCAUCGCUGAGGUGGAUAAAGAUGAGUUGCCUGAUGGCCUGUCCCCAUUAGCUGCUGACUUUGCUGAAGAUAAGGAAGUUUGCAAAAACUAUCACGAGGCAAAAGAUGUGUUUCUGGGCACGUUUUUGUAUGAGUACUCAAGGCGACAUCCUGAUCACUCCGUCGCAUUGCUACUGAGAAUUGCCAAGAAAUACGAAGCCACGCUGGAGAAAUGCUGUGCCACUGAUGAUCCUCCUACAUGCUACUCCACAGUGUUGGAUGAACUUAAACCUCUUGCAGAUGAGCCUCAUGACUUAGUAAAAAAAAACUGUGAACUUUUUGAAAAACUUGGAGAGUAUGGCUUCCAAAAUGCGCUCUUAGUUCGUUACACCAAGAAAGUACCCCAAGUGUCAACUCCAACUCUUGUGGAGAUCGUAAGAAGCCUAGGAAGAGUGGGCACCAAGUGCUGUAAGCUUGCUGAAUCAGAAAAAUUGCCCUGUGCUGAAGACUAUAUAACCCAGAUCCUGAAUCGGUUGUGCGUGUUGCACAGUAAGACACCAGUGAGCGAGAGAGUUACCAAAUGCUGCUCAGAGUCCUUGGUGAACGUACGACCAUGUUUUUCUGCUCUGGAAGUUGAUGAAACAUAUGUUCCCAAGGAAUUCAGUGCUGAAACAUUCACCUUUCAUGCAGAUAUAUGCACGCUUCCAGAGACUGAGAAACAAUACAAGAAACAAUCUGCACUAGUUGAGCUGUUGAAACACAAACCCAAAGCCACAGAUGAACAACUGAAAACUGUUAUGGAGAGUUUUGUAGCUUUUAUAGACAAGUGCUGUGCAGCUGCUGUAAAAGAGGCAUGCUUUGCUGAGGAGGGUCCAAAAUUUGUUGCUUCAAGUCAACUUGCCUUGGCCUAAAAACAACACAAUCACAAGCAUCUCAGCGUGCCCCGUGAAUAAGAGAAAAAGAAAUGAAGACCUAGAGCUUAUACAUCUGUUUUUCUUUUCUGUUGGUAUAAAACCAGCACCCUGUCUAAAAAACACAAAUUUCUUUAAACAUUUGCCUCUUUCCUCUGUGCCACAAUUAAUAAAAGUAAUGAAAAGAAUUGAA